CUGAAAAGAGUGAUGCAACGCCUAAGCCUGAAAACAGAACCAGUACUCCUGGAAAGAAAUUUGACAUCAGUAAAUAUGACUCAAUGGAGUUUGAUGAGGAUGAUCCUCUUGCUGGUCUUUUAUCUGAUGAUGAAGAUAAUGGUUCUAAAGCCAAGAAAACAAAGAAGAAACAACCACUCAAAAAGGAACCAGAAACAGAAUCAAAACUACCAGAAAGACCUAAAACUUCACGAAGCAGACAAGAGAGCAUUAAAGAAGAUCCUCCAUUGUCUAUAAAGRCAGGCAACAGAAAAGAUAGUGAAGACAAAGGAGGAAACCCGCCUCCUUCUGUCACAAAAGAUGCAGUCCUCUCACCAAGAGGUCCUCGUUCACCUGCCAAAACAAAAAAUGAGUUAAGCUUUGAUUCUGGUGAUGAUUUGCCGGGCAUGGAUGACAGUCCAAGACCAAAACCUUCCAGCAUAUCYAAACAGAGUUCAACAAAAGCUCCUCCAAAGGAGAAAACUAAAAAGAUUGAAAACGAUUUGUUUGGUGAUGAUGAUGAUGGCUUACUUGGUCUAGAUGAAGGAAAACAGUCACCACGGUUAGCUGUUUCAAAACAGACAACCCCUUCACGGUUUGAUGAACUUCUUGGUGGCAAAAAGGAUCAAAGUGAAGCAACAAAAACCCAAAAACCCAAGACGUUAGAUGACUUCCUAUCAAACAUCAGCUCCUCUAAAUCCCCAAGCACGCCAAGUGCCUCCAAAAAAGCCCCACCUCCGAAAGAUGAUGACUUCUUGUUUGGUGACUACACACCCUCAGCWGUGACAAGCACUGGACAUGGAAGGCCAAGACCUGAUACAGCACCAGGGUCAAGAAGAACUGUUCGAUUUGCUGAUGAUCUUGGAUUAAGUGACGAACUGUUUGGAGCWGAAGAAAGACCAGCUACAGCUCCAAAUAUKAGAAACGAUGGACCACAACGAAGACGGAGAGGAAUGGAUGAAAACACGAAACAAGGAGGAGCGUCUGUUGAGAACGAUUCAAUUAAAAAAGAGCAAGAAAAGAAGAGUCCAGUUUCCCCUAGUGARAGUGGUGGUGGCGGUGCAGAUUGGCUUGGCCUUGGUAGUGAUGACACUGGACUUGAACUCGAACUACCAACUUAUAAACCUCCAAMACCUUCCAGAAAUACAGGACGAAGAACUGAGCCGCAUCGCUCUGUUUCUCCACAGCAGCCCGCCAGCCCAUUAUCACCAAGGAAACCACAAGCAGAUGCUGAUGGUGACGAUUUCCUCAAAAUGCUUGGAAUUGCGACCGAUGACAAGCCGGCAUCGCAACUAAAUGAGUCAUCUUUUGAUGGAGSCACACGCAGAGGGCGGAGAUGGCGAGACAAGUCCCCAGAGAAGAGCCAAGAGACUCCUGAAUUACAAUCUCGUGAUGUUUCACGAACAUUUCAGGGAUCRCCAGCUGAACCUGACUUGAAAGAUGACAAGGAAACGUCACGUCCUUUUAUCGAAGGMWUGAAAAUUCAACAGACWUCUCGUUCACAAGGAGAAAUAAAACAAACCAGAGAUGUASAACAACARMAAAGAGAGCAGACAACGCGUUUACAGGCAGAAAGAAACCAAAAAGAAGCAAUACAACCUUUGAAACAGCAAACGGAUACUUCUGCAAAGCCCGCUGUAAGCCAUACACCAGAACAAGUCAWUACUCCGGCAACUCCAUCCCAACUACAGAAUCUCCCUUCAGGAGGAACUCCCCAACUACACAAGGACUUGACAGCACAGACAUUCAGCUCAGCAGUCGUACCGCAAAGUCACGUAUAUCAAUCUACUCCGUUGAAUUCAAACCAAACGUUUGAGCAGAAAGCACAGUUAGAGGGCGAGAUACAAAGUCUCAUGAGAAAACUUUACGACAUGGAAAGUAAUGCCCAGAAACAAGAACUUGAUUCAACGGCAUAUUUAGCACAACUAGAGGCCAAAGUACGUCGGUUACAGCUUGAAAAUGAUCAUMUGCAGAGCAGUCUUGAAGCACUAAAACACCGCCAUCAGACAGAAACUUCUAAUCUAGAAACAUCCCAUAAGGGUCAUAUAAAAACAUUGGAAGAAUCUUACCAUCUUCGUGAAUCACGCAUAAAAGAAGAGACAGAGCUACAAGCCGCUCAUUACAAUGAUAGAAUACGCGCACUGGAGGACGAGAAAACAGCCAUGAAGUCUUCACACGCUCGUAAAGUACAAGCACUGGACUCAUCGCACGCUGCUGAAGUAAAAAGAAUCAAAGAACUUCAUCACCAAGCGAUUGAAGAACUCAGAAGUGAAAAUGAGGAGGAAAUUCAACGUCUGAGAAGACUGAAAGAGCAAGAGGUUAGUGCUGUCUCCAGUGCGCAUGGUCACACCAAAUCGCUCCAGUCCCUUAUGCAACAAGUUUUGAACUCAACCAAAGACGUCAAUGAUAUGAAAUCUCAUAUCGAGGCUACUCAUAAAUCAAGUUUAACCGAGAGGGAACUKGUAGCUAAAGCACGUGACGAGUACUUGACUCAGCUUCAGGACAGAUUGGUAAAACAGCAAGCUGAGAAUGACGAGGAGCGCACUAGGCUACAAGGUUUGAUAGCAAAAAUGGAGAUUAAUAUCAGAGAGCAGAACMGACAAGUUGAUCAAGAGAAAUGGAGACUAAUUCAGGAUGAUGCGCGAAUCAAAUCAUUACAGGCAUCCGUAGAAGAGGAGCGACGRAUUACCAUGGAACAACUUGCSUCUGACAGAGCCGACGURCAGCGCGCUCGAGAUGAACUACUGCGAGAGCAAAAGAGAGUCACUACUGAACUACAAGAAGAACGACGAUCUCUUGCAAUGGAGAGAGCGCAGUUAUCYUCAACWCACAGRGAAAUCAUCACUAGACAAAAACACAAAUCUGAUAGUGCUUUACAGGCCGAAGCAGAGUUGGAAGUGACUACAUCUAAAGUAAGGCAAGAUUCCGCUGCCCUAGAURCACGUCAGGCUCACUUAAAGAAAGAAGAAGGGAAACUUGCACGAGAUAAGCGUGAGUUUGAACAACACGUUGAAACGUUUGAAAAAGAAAAGGACAGAAUCGGCAAACUAAGUUUAGAGGUGCAACGACGGUCCGAGGAGAUUGGUGAACUAUGUGCAGAAGGAGCKAGAGCACGUGAAGAAGGCGAAGAAGCCUUGCUUCAAGCACAGAGACUGCGUCAAGAGACUGAGGACGAAAGAGCUGAGCUUGAAAACCGUCUUAUUAUUUUACGAGAAAAAGAAAAACAGAUAGCAGAGGAUCGYGUGUCCCUUGCUCAUGAAAGACGCUUGCUAGAAAUGGACAGACGCAAUGGUAGAUGUCGACAAUGUGAAGUUAAACAGUACAUCGACUUACCAGCGAUGAGUCCUCCUCCGGUUCUCACCACAGCAGAUUUAAAUGGCUCCAUGGCUCCUCAACCACGGACACCUGAUCUUCUACUCAACAGUCUGGAGUUGAAACGCAAUUUUAGGAAAUGGGACAGCGACAAAGAGAAGGACGAGGAAUUCUUGGAACAAGAGUCAARAUUUCUAAGUGGAUUACGAAAACUUCGUGUCGAUACGACGCAAAGAUCAAGCCCAUCGAUGUAGCCAGCCUGAGAACAGGCUCAYCGCGGGGUAGGGKAGGGGGRUAGAGGGCCUGAGAACAGGCCAAAUUGUAACAUAAAGAACUAUACCUUACAAAAUGUAGAACAUAUGUUCAGACAGAAAGCGAGUUCUAUUUAUAUUUAUAYAAGCUUUGUGUAUAGUAAUAAAAGAUUCAUUUUAAAGCAUAAUCUUUACAGAUUACCCAUAAUAACGGAUUUUGGCUUUAGAGUGUCGACUACUUUAGAGUAUUACCUAGUUGCUACAAUUCAACAACAUUAUCCUCCGCUCUCUUUGAUGGAGAGUCGACGUGAAGCGAUAGUGCCCGGCGCGGAGGCGUACUAUCAGUCCAUAGAGCCCGCCGCUUCCGAAAAUUUUGUUUUUGGGAAAUAAAAACAAUAGAGCAGUUGAAAUCUCGGACAUUUUGCUGCGAUAGUUGCCCUUGGAAACUGGAUGUUUCUCAACUGACUUCAUAGUCGCCUUCGAAAUCGGAAAAUAUAGUUCCGCGUGCAACUAUCGCAGCAUAAUGGCCUCGAUUCAACUACUCCAUUGUUAAAAAAGCACUUUCUAGUAUCAGUAAUAAACCAAUAUAGACGCACUCGCCUAGGCGUCGUAACGUUUUGAAGUGGAACUCAAUUAACUUGUAGGAUGCGCUUGGUAGAUUAUCAAUGCAGUGCUGGUCGUUUUAUCAUAAUUUACCGGAAAUUGCUCCACUCCUGCAACUAUCUGCUCCUGAUUAGCAGACCACAAAGGGUGUGGCUCAUGGAAUAUUCCCCACCUCAAMCAUGAUGUUGUUUCUAACUAUUAUCAUAUUAUUACCAUGCGGCCCACACUGGGAGUGUUGUGGGAGUGUUGUGAAUUUCCACUAUACUAAUGAGGUACUAACUUGACUAACAUGGAAGUUUCCUUUUAUUUUUGUCGCAGGCCUGUUGAGGGCC